AUGGAGAUAGGAGGGGGAGAAGGAGGGGGUGGAGCAUUGGGAGGAAGAGAAGGAGAGAUGGAAGAAGUAGGGAGUGAAGGAGAUUCAGGAGGAGAGGCGGAGGAAGGUGGGGGAGUCGAAAGGGAAGGGGAUUCAGGAGUGGGAGAGGUUGGGGAAGGGGAUUCAUGAGUAGGAGAGUUGGGGGAAGGUGAGGGAGAGGUUGGGGAAGGGGGAGAGGUUGGGGAAGUUGGGGGAGAUGAAAGGCAAGGGGAUUCAGGAGUGGGAGAGGUUGGGGAAGGUGGGGGAGAGGUUGGGGAGGAGGUUGGGGAAGGGGAUUCAGGAGUAGGAGAGGUUGGGGAAGUUGGGGGAGAUGAAAGGGAAGGGGAUUCAGGAGUGGGAGAGGUUGGGGAAAGGUGGUAG